AUGGGUCGCGUGAAGUAUACUGCUCGUAGAAAGAAGAAAGCAGCCAACCCUCCUUCUAACCAACUUGCCCCUCGCACUGAGGACCCUUCUAUAAAUCCCCAGCCUGUAAGUAUUGCACCCCCAGAAAUCCAACCUAAAGCCCAUCCUCGCGACGUCCUUUGGCCAGCGGUCGAAUGGAAGGGCAAGCAGAAACUUCCAGAAUACCCCGAGCCCAUACUCGAGUCUUCUGAUGAGAAUGUCAUGCCUUCCGGAGAAGCGUUCGACUUGUACAGCAACCCCAAUGCCACGGCUCCUGCAAGCAGGCGACACCCCGGGGAAAGCAGUAGCGACCCUUCCAAGAAAAGGGCUUGGACUGAGGACCCUCCUGCACCAACACAUUCCAAAGACAUGACUCCUCCUCCAGCUCCCGUCGACCUGACUCCUCCAGCUCCUCGCAACCCAAGAACUCCUGCUCAGUCAGGAAUGACUUAG